AUGCACUUCACAACCAUCUCUCUUCUUACCCUUCUCCCACUCUCUACCAUCUUUGCACUUCCCACACCUUCCCACCCUCGAGAGGUAGGCAAUGAUGUGAAGAUCGACGCUAUCGGUCGAGCAAUCGGUGCUAUCGGUAUCACGCAAGACCCCUCACCUACCUCAAAUACCCCCAGUUCUUCUCAAGUAGGUAUUAAUGCGAUCGGUCGAGCUAUCGCUGCCAUCCCCGUCGGAUCCUCAUCCAGUAUCACAGGUGGAGUAGGUAUCAAUGCCAUUGGACGAGCAAUCGGUAUCGUACCUAGCUCUGAUCCUUCCCCUAACCCCGAAGUCGGACCCAACGCGAUUGGCAGAGCCAUCGCUGCUGUCCCAAAACCAAGUCCAACAGUGACCAUCGAAGCUAUUGGUCGAGCUAUCGCCAUCUCACCUUCCAACCUUCCCGUCAGCCCCAACGCAAUUGGUAGAGCUGUCGCUGCUGUCACAUCCGAAGAUGAAGGAGGAUCGACCGAAGUACCAACACCCACAGUUGGAAUCAACGCUAUUGGACGAGCUAUCGGUGCUAUCGGAUUAGAACCCUCCAGCGUAGGGGUAGAAGCUAUUGGAAGAAGAGGUAUUGCAGCUAUUGGUGCUCAACCUUCAGGGGUUACGGUGGAUGCAAUUGGUAGAAGGGCUGUAGCUACUGUUGGUAAGCAACCUACUGGUGUAACGGUAGAUGCGUUUGGAAGAAGAGCUAUAGCUGCUGUAGGAGGAGCAGGUCAAGAUGAUGGGCAUGUGGGUGUGAAUGCUAUUGGUAAAUGA